CACUUCUCGUGAUUUGUCAGUUUUGCGCUGUUGCUUUUACAACGUUUAAGAUUUUAUCAGUGAAAGGUUAUGUUCGAUAUAAAGGUAUUUGAAUCUAGGCCUUCGUAAAAAAAAGAAAAAAGAAAACUUAAAGUAUAAGAAGAGGUGUUCAACAAAAAAGAUAAAACAAUUGGAAAUUUUCACGAAAUAUUUACGUGGAAAGAGGUUAUAAUACGCUGCAAGGAUGUGCGUAGUACGAUAAGUACAAGUUUUUCAUAUUUCAGUAUUCCUAUAUUACUUCGAUUGAAUAUAUUUAUAUUAUACGAUGGAAAACAGUUUUCGUAUAAUUUAUGCCUUUUCCAUUAUUUUCAUUCGAUUUCCAUUGUAUUAUCUUCAUCCAUUAGAAAAUACUUCUGUUACGUACGAUAUCAAAAAUCUCUGUGAUAAUCCCAUCAAAGAUUUCUUUCGAAAUGAAUCGAAAUAUAAAACAAAUUGUUCGGUGAAUUAUUCAAAGGAAAUAAAUCAAUUAAAGGUUACAGAAACUAAUAUAGAAAUAUUUGUAUGUUUGAGAACAUAUGAAAUUAUAAAUAAAACCUGUACUAUUGGAAAACAAAAAGUAUGGGUCAAUAUAAUUCAUGAUAAGAAGAAAUUAGAUUCGAUGAUUCAAAAUUUAACCGAGACUAUUUUCAAUGAUUUGGAUAUGAAUAAUCAUUGUUUAAGUUUAUCAGAAUUUUUACCUACAAAUACAGAAUUACAAUCUCCAUUGGAAACAUUGAGAGAAUCAUUAAACGAUACUUUCGUAUGUAAAAAGGUAUGUUUUGAUUUGUAUAAGAAAAUGAUACCAUUAUGUGCAAUAUUGGAAUUGAUCAAUAAAAUAGACAAAGAGAUUGUAAAUCAUAUAAAAAUGAAUUAUAUUAAUGUGAAAGUUGAUGCAAUCAAUGAGAAUAUUAGUAAUUUAAAAAAAGCUAAAGAAAAUCAAACAAAUCAUAGAAAUCAAUCAAGUUUACAUCAAGAUGAAACGACUAAUAAUGUGAAAAUUGUCAAACCAUUGAAAAAAGGAAUAGAAAUGAAAAAAAUUUUGAGCAAUAAUAGCUCUAUUAUUUCUAAUAUAUCUAUGAAUAAUGCAAAUGAUAAUGAUACAAAUAAUAAUGGAAAUCUUAAAUACAUGAGUAAUCAACAGAACAAAGUUGUAAAAUCUAAAUCAAAUGUCAAUGAGGUAAAUUUACAAUCAAUAUCUGCUUCUACGAAUGUUUAUAAUCAAGAGUUAUAUAAAACACCAUCUCAAUUAGACUAUGUUGAUAAACAAUCAAUUAAUAUCAAUAAUAGCCAAGAACCACCUCCAAAUAUUGAAAAAGUUGAUUCAAAAAGUAAAAAGGAAGAUAAAAUAGAUUUAGAGGUAAAAUCAGAAAAUCCUGAAAUAAAUUCAUCUUUACAAAAUAAACAAACAGAUACUAAAACCACUGUACCAUCCAAUAAUACACCAAUCAUUGAAAAUAUUGAAAGUUCUACUCAUAUCAAUGAUGAACAGCAAUCCAAUCAACCAGAUAGUACAGAUCAUUCUAUUAAUGAAGAUAAUCUAAGUGAUAAAACUAGAACUCAAAAAGAAAAUUAUUCCAAUAUUAAGAAUGAUGAUGAAUCACAUUUCCUUACUUAUUUUGCCAUUAUAUCACUUGGUUUUAUCGCUGGUUACAUUGGAUAUCAUAAUAAGCAAAAGAUAUUGGCGAUAGUAUUAGAAGGACGUAGGUCAAAAAAUAAUCGAGGUAGACGACGUCCUAGUACCGCAAAUUAUCGUAAACUUGAUUGCACAUUAGAAGAAGCAGUUACCUCACAAUGUAAUGCAAAUGUUACUCAUGUUAUGUAUUAAUACAAAUUGUAUGUGAAAUGAUUGAUCACGUUGCAUAUUAAGGCACCAUUUCCGAUGUAAUAGAUUUUGUACUUGAGCAUCUUUUCUUAAAAUCAUUUUUCUGUUUCAUAAUGAAACAAAUAAUUAUGAUGGGGAUCACAAUUUUACGUUAAUAAUGGGACAUAACAAUAUUUAAAAAUAACAUAUAAAUUUUGUUACCAUAUGUACAUUGUGUCUCAUAAAAACUAAUAUAGCAGAAUGUUCCUAUUUACUAUUAUUGCAAUGCGAAAGUAUUUUAGUAAAUCAAAUAUUUUUAUUUGAAAAAAAAAGAAAAAAAAAGAAAGAAAAAAAAAUCUUUUUGUAUAAAAUUUAUUUCUUAUUUGAUCUCACACAUCAAAAUUACUAUGAUACGAUAUUUUCAAAACACAAUCUCAAUAUUAAAUGUUGUAGAUAAACUUUUGCUUUGAUGUGACAAUAUUUUAUUUGAAAUAUAACUAACCUUGAUAUUGGACUACAAUAAUAAAGAAAUAUAGUCCAGUUCUACUUUAAUAAGUGCAAUUCUAUACCUUUAUGUCGGCAUAUUUCUAUUGAUUCAAUAUGUAGCAUUUCGCUAGAAUUAUAUUUUAUUUUCUGUAUAUAAUGACUAAUCAUAAUAACAAAGGAUGUCUUAAGGUUAUCCGCCGUGAUGUUUAUAAUAUAUUGAUAUAUAUUGAAAAGGACAAAUUGCAAAUAUUCGAUUAUUAAUAUCAUCGAAUAUAUUAAAUAGUAUUGUAGAAGUAUUUGUCUAGAGAAACAUUGGUUUAAAUAGCUUAAAUAAUACAAAUGUAUUGGCGCAUAUUGUUCAAGCAAAAUGUAUUCACACAAUAUUGAUAUCAUUUUCCUAUUUAAUACUUACUAUUUUGAUGGAAAAUUGUUAUGUUCACAUGUGUCUAUAUGCGAUAGCAGUAAAGUCAUUUCAUUCAUAGCCCUUUUUAAUACAAUGUAAAUGAUUUAUAUUUUUUUCUUUUUUUUUUUUUUUUUUUCUCUUGAAAGAAAGAAUGCCGUCCACUUACACACGGUUACGACAUAUGAACUUAAUAUCAUAAUUGCAGAAUACCUGUGUGAUAAGUGUCUCAUGACAGUUUGACCAUUCAUAUUAUAUGCACAAAUUGUUACGUGGAUACUUAUGAUAAUGUAUUUUAAUCAUAGCUGCGAUUUUUAUGAAAUGUUCCCAAAAUAAACUUAAUACCUAAUCCACUUAAUA